ACCGAACUGUAUGAGUAAAUCCUGUAUAUCCAGCACUGCUGAAUUUUAAUCAAGAAGACGGCAGACAUUUUUGGACCCAGCGAGGUGCAGCGCAGGUGUCAGCUGCACGCAAUUACUCAAAUUGAUUAACCUGGUGUGCACAUAGUGAGAUAUGGAGGAGUCCAGCGACUUGUAUUCAGUGUAUGAGGCAAACAGCCACCCUUCUUGGGGAGAGCAUGAACAGCGGCACCAGGACGACCUGGACAAGGUGGAGUGCCUCAGGAGGAAAAUCAAAUAUUAUUUCAUGAACCCCUGUGAGAAGUACCAUGCUCGUGGCCGUAUACCAUGGAAACUCAUGCUGCAGAUCAUCAAAAUUGCCAUUAUAACUAUCCAGUUGGUGUCUUUCGGGCUGAGCAACCAGAUGGUUGUCACCUUCAAGGAAGAAAACCUGAUGACGUUUAAGCACCUUUUCCUGAAAGAUUAUGUUGAUGGGGGUAUGGACACGUAUGCUCUGUACAGACAGGCAGACGUCUAUGAUCACAUCAACUACAUAAUAGAACAGUAUGGACAUCUACGUAACAUCACAGUGGGCAAUCAUGCAUAUGAGAAAAAUGGCAUCACUUACACCCCCAUGUCAUUGUGUCAAGAAUACUACAGGAAUGGUACCAUUUAUCCCGGAAAUGAGACCCUUGAAAUUGAUGCCCAAGUGGAAACUGACUGCCUUGAGAUUGAUCCCAUGUACACCCAGUCAUGGCAAGAUAUAGAUAAUUUUGAAUUACAUUUUAAAAGGUUGCUGCUUGUGAAGAUCAUGUUCACUCUCAAGGCUAUAAAUUUGCAGACAGUGAGACAUCGGGAGCAGCCAGACUGCUACGACUUCACUGUCAUAAUCACUUUCAACAAUGAAGUCCACAGUGGUAGGAUCAAGGUUGACCUGGAAAACGAUGUUGAGAUCAAUGAAUGCAGAGAUUGGAAAGUAACUGGAGCAUCUCCCAAAAACAUACACUUGACUCUGCUGUUUGACUGCCUCAUCAUAAUAACAUGCAUCAUCUCCCUCGCCCUGUGCACUCGCUCAGUGCUCACUGGGAUACAGCUGCAGUUUGAGUACACACUCUACUGCAGGGAUCACACUAGUAAAGAGGUUCCAUGGUCGGACAAGUUGGAGUUUGUGAGCGGCUGGUAUAUCCUGAUUAUUGUCAGUGACACUCUGACCAUCAUUGGUUCAGUUCUCAAAAUAGAGAUCCAGACCAAGGCCCUCACAAGCUAUGAUGUGUGCAGCAUUUUCCUUGGCACGGGCACUAUGUUCGUCUGGAUUGGUGUCAUCCGCUACAUGGGAUACUUCAAGAAAUACAAUAUUCUCAUCUUGACACUGAGGGCAGCUUUCCCAAAUGUUAUCCGUUUCAUCUGUUGUGCUGGAAUCAUAUACCUGAGCUACUGUUUCUGUGGCUGGAUUGUCCUUGGCCCAUAUCAUGAAAAGUUCCGAACACUGAAUACGGUGUCAGAGUGUCUGUUCUCACUCAUCAACGGAGACGACAUGUUCCCCACCUUCAAGAACAUGGAGAAGAAAAGCAGGCUUGUGUGGAUUUUCAGUAGGAUCUACCUCUACACCUUCGUGUCACUCUUCAUCUACAUGAUCCUCAGCCUCUUCAUCACCCUCAUUACAAACACCUAUGACACCAUCAAGCAACAGCAGCAGAGUGGAACCCCAACGUCAGAGCUGCAGAGAUUCAUAUCGAUGUGUCAAGAUCUGCCAAACUCUGGGGUUUACAGGCUCCAGGAGAGCCGCAGCUGCUUCUUUGACUGUUUCUCAUUUAGAUGGAAGAAGCUUCGAGAGACACUCACUUCAGAAGAAUAGCAUUAUGAGACAGCUGCAUAAUGGAUUCAUAGCCUAAGCUCAUCACUCUCGUUCCUAGUCCCCGGAGCCUCAGCCCUGCUGGUUAAUUCUGUUUUACCAGGUUGUUGCUUUCACUAACCUUUUCGUCCAAACCUCCACCUGUCUUUGUUUAGGGAAAGCUGUAGUUAUUAAUAUUGAAAAUGUGUUUGAGGCAUUGCAUUCCGUGAUUAAACUUGAAGUAUUUUUACCCUUAAGUACCAAGCGAUUUAAAAACUUGCUCAGUUGUUAAAGUUCUUGGAUGUGCCAUUUCACAUCCUUUGCCUUGGAAACAG